GCAACAAGUUGGCUGGGGCCAGUAGAGCUGCUGCGACUACCCCAAGCUUUGAACUGCUGCAGGUGGCCAACGCGGAUGAAUGAAAAUGCGUGAGGUUUUACCCUCGCCACCCACAUAGCGCCUUGUUAACAUGGACACUGUGGAAUAACCCUUUGAAGGCAAAGAAGACAUACGUGACUUUGUGACAUUUUUUUGAUGGGCAGUGCACAAACCGCGUGCGUAACUCGAUCCGUGUUGAACUUUUUUUAAUUGAAUUUGAAGGGAUCCUUUGAAGAAUGGCGCUGGCCAGAUUCAGCAAAAUACUUCGCCUGCCCACUCUUGAUAUCAAAAAGAAAACCAAACAAUACGAGCACGUCCACCGGGACAUCAAUCCAAGCGACUAUUGGGAUAUUGUGGGCGAACUGGGCGAUGGCGCGUUUGGAAAAGUCUACAAGGCCUGCAAUAAGGAGACUGGCGUUCUGGCUGCAGCCAAAGUGAUCCAAACCAAAUGCGAGGAAGAGCUGGAGGACUACAUGGUGGAGAUCGAAAUCCUGGCCAAAUGUGACCACCGCUACAUUGUCAAGCUUCUGGACGCCUACUAUUACAACAACCACCUCUGGAUUUUGAUUGAGUUCUGUCCGGGAGGAGCUGUGGAUGCCACAAUGCUAGAGUUGGAUCGAGGACUGACUGAGCCCCAGAUAAAGGUGGUCUGCCGGCAGAUGCUGGAGGCUCUCGCCUACCUCCACAGCAUUAAGAUCAUCCAUAGAGACCUGAAGGCCGGAAACAUCCUCCUCAUGCUAGAUGGGGACAUCAAACUAGCUGAUUUCGGUGUGUCUGCUAAGAACACCAAAACCCUCCAAAGAAGAGAUUCUUUCAUCGGCACGCCAUAUUGGAUGGCCCCAGAGGUGGUAAUGUGUGAGACCAUGAAGGACGCCCCAUAUGACUACAAGGCCGACAUCUGGUCCCUCGGGAUUACGCUGAUCGAACUUGCUCAGAUUGAACCACCGCACCAUGACCUCAACCCCAUGAGGGUCCUGCUGAAGAUCACCAAGUCGGACCCUCCCUCCCUGGAUCAACCGAACAAAUGGUCACAAGAGUUUAAAGAUUUCCUGAGGAGAGUUUUGGAUAAGAACCCAGAGAACCGUCCGACUGCAGUACAGCUCCUGGGGCACCCUUUCGUGAGCUCGGUGACGACCAAUCGACCGCUGAGGGAGCUGGUGGCCGAGGCCAAGGCUGAAGUCAUGGAGGAAAUCGAUGACAAUGGGGAGGAUGCAGAGGACGACGACACCAUGGAGCUCACUGUGACCAGUCAGACCAGUUUGGAGGGAGACCAGUCUUCGGACCCUUCGAGCCCCACCACGACGUCCCCGGAGCCUUUACUUGGAAAGGAGGCCGAACCAGUCUCGGCGUCGGACGAUCAGCCAGGCGCUGUCACGGCCGCCCCUGUUCCCUUACCGCGGCAUAAUCUCCCCCCCAAGGAACAAGCGGAUUUCGGAGAGAAGCUGGAGUCCGAGAAAUACGAGAGCGGCGUGUCCAUCAAGACUUCGAGCUCGGACUCUGGCAUCGAGGACGGGAAGAGUACCCCCACAUCGGAGGAGGAGAAGGUGGCCGUUGAGUCGGAACAGCUGCCCUCUCUCCCCCAGUCCGACGCAUCUGAGGAAAGCGGUGACAGCAUCGAGUCGCCAGAGGUGCCCAGGGCCCAGACGUCUCCGGACCAGAGCGCAGACAUACUGAAUCACCAAGUUGCCGUCGGCCCGGCGCAGACUCCAGAACUCAUUGCUGCUCCUUCACCGGCACCUUCUUCCCAUCCGAGCAACAUGCUCAACAAGAUGAGCACCGAUCGAGCGUCGAUGGGAUCCGCCGCCGAGACGGUCUCGCCUUAUAUCAACGGACGGAUCAAUAGCACGCGGUACUCGUACUCGGGCAGCCUGGACACAGAGAGCAUGAAGAGUCUGUCCUUGAAUAAGGAGAACUUCUCAGUAUCUGCAAGGGACUACUCUCGGAAGACGUUAAGGCGAACCAGGAAGUUUGUGAUCGACGGCGUGGAGGUGAGCGUGACAACCUCGAAGAUCAUCCGGGACGAUGAGAAGAAGAACGAGGAGAUGAGAUUCCUCAGGCGCCAGGAGCUGCGCGAGCUGCGUUUACUCCAGAAAGAGGAGCAGCGAGCCCUGGCUCAGCUACAGGCCAAACUGGAAACGCAGAAGGACCAAAUGCAAAAACGUUUCGACCAAGAAAUGAAUCUGAAGAAGAAAUUCUACGACGCGGAGAUGGAGAACCUGGAGAAGCACCAGAAGCAAACCAUUGAGAGGAUGGAGUCGGACCACCAAAGUAAAGUCAAAGAUGAGACCAAACGCAUUAAAGCUGAGCAACAGCGCGAGUACCAGAGGUUCCAGGAUCAACUCAAACAACUGAAAAAGGAGUUGAAACAAUCUGUCGACAAGCUCCCAAGAGGUGAGCGCAAAGAACAAUUGAAACACCGAAUGAAUUCCUUCCAAGAAACCAAGCAACAAGAGGAGACACAAUUCCUAGCAGCCCAGAAAAACCACCUGGAGUCUACCCUCAACCAAAUCACCUUCAACAACAAGAAAGAGAUUGCCGAUACAGAGCAGGACUGUCUCAACAAGAAGCAGCAGCUAAUCCGAGAUCGCGAAUCUUCGGUAUGGGAAUUGGAGGAGAGGAGCCUCCAUGAGAGACAUCAGCUACUCAAGCAGCAGCUGAAAGAUCAAUAUUUCCAGCAGAGGCAUCUGCUCCUGAAAAAACACAGCAUGGAGCAGGAGCACAUGCAGAGCUACAACCAGCGCAUGAUCGAGCUUCUGAGAGUUCGUCAGCAACAGGAGAAGAGUCGCCUGCCCAAGCACCAACGCAACGAAGCCAAAACCCGCUUGGCCAUGUUCAAAAAGAGCCUGCGCAUCAACUCCUCAGGCAACAGCUCAGAGGACAGGGAGAAGAUCAAACAGUUUUCCCAGCAGGAGGAGAAGCGUCAAAAGAACGAGAGGCAGCAACAGCAGCUGAAGCACGAGAAUCAAAUGAGGGACAUGGUCAGCAAUUGCGAGGGAAACAUCCGAGAUUUGCAGCAACUGCAGAAUGAGAAGGCCCACGUGCUGCUUGAGAAUGAGACGCUUAGGCUUAAACAGCUGGAUGAGCAGCACAACCAGCAGCUGAAGGACUGGAGGGAGCAGCUGAAACCGAGGAAGAUGGCACUCGAGGAAGAUCUCAAGAACAAGAGGAAGGAGCAGGACGCUUUCUUUAAGAUCACCGACAUGGGCGACUUCCCAACUCCGAGCGGAUCUAUCGGCAAACUCUCCAAGUUUGUGCCCUAUCAGGACUCCUCCACCUCAUAAAGCGCAUGCUACUGCUGUGAUACAUCCACAUUCACGUUUUCAAAACUGUCUCCAACUCACCUACCUUACGGGGCACGACGUUGUUUUGCUUUUUAAUUUGAGUCCGUCGCGACAGAAUCCCGCUCGCCUCCUUACGUUAUCAUUCAUGUUAAUAAGUGCAUAUUUAUGUCGUAACUCGUAAUUGUUUGUUUUUUUCCUUACUACAUAAUCGUCACGUUGUUGGUUGACGACCAAAGGCCACACCCCAAUAGUAGUUUAUAUUCAGGUGAUUUUUUUUUAAAUUCGUUAAGAGGGUGUCAUCUUUAUUUUUUUAAUGCCCAAAUAGGGAAUAGAGACUUUUUUUUCAAAGAGGGAUGUUUGAUGAUGUCAAUGCAAUUGACAAAAUAUGCAGCAUGUAAACUACGGUCCUGUAUGCCUUACGUUGUUUUGUCCCGGAACUGCCAAAGUGUGCCUUGUUUUUUUAUUUAUUUUUGCUCACAGUUUAAUCUCAAUUCGUCACUGUAACUUUUAAUUUAAAUAUUUUCAAAUGUAUAUUUUUAAUACGGAGCUGCGGUAUGAAGGAUGUUUGUGACUAUCGUCAUUAAGAUGAUAGUCAUUAUUAUACUUUGAAUGGGGUAUUGCUGAGACCAAAUUGAACAAAAAUAGUCUUCGUCGUAUUUCUUUUAAAUUACUCCUUAGGAAUUUGUUUUAACACACGAGGGAGAGAAGUGAUUGUUUUACUGUAGAAAUCAGCAACACUGGAUGGGAAGUGACGAAGCCAAAGCGAAAUACUGUUUGUUUGUCAGUUGAUGGAUUUAAAACAUUUUGAGUGUUUAAUUGUUGCAGUAGUUAAACUGCAUGCUAACCUAAGUGCAAUAUUACUUUUUUUUUUUUUUUUUAUUGUUUGGUUUUCAAGGGAAUGCAAAGAUUCGUUCCGCUGAAUUGUAACUUUUUUUGUCCUGCAAAAGUACAAUAUAUUAAAUCGACAUUUAGGUACAUUUAAAUUCCGCUCUCUUGUUCAUUAUUAUUUUCCGAUCGAGGUUACUGGGUCCCUCUAGGUCUUCCGCUCUGCCUCAGUUUGCAUAAAGUGGAAUGUAUGCUGGUUUAUGAGUGUGAUUGAAACUGUAUUAGAAGGAACCACUGUUGUAAAUAUCUAAUAAAUAUAGAUUUUCUAAUUAUUGGA